CAAUGCCUCCAGACAGAUCGCCUGGACCUCCAGUCUCCUUUAUAUGCGUCCACGCAGGGGCAGGAUACCACCAUCCCCGAACCCAUACCGCGCUCCUCACCCUUGUUUCCGAAGCAUGUCUGAGUGGAAUGCGCAAUUUGUUAUCAGGAACGACUUCCUGCUCCGCCGCGACAACAGCGACAAACCACCUUGAAUCUUCCCCACUUACCAAUGCAGGCCUUGGAUCUAAUCUUACAAUUCAAGGCACGGUGGAAUGCGACGCGAGCGCUAUGUGUGGACGGACAGGCGCCUUUGGAGGGGUUGGAGCCGUCAGCGGGAUUCGGCACCCCAUCUGUGGAGCUGUGGCCGUUAUGCGAGGAGACAUGCAGGGACCGGGAAUUUGCGGGCUUGUUCCACCGGUUCUGCUGGUUGGGGAGGGUGCAAAAACGUUUUGCGCUGCUCAAGGGGUAGAGAUCGUUCAAAUGCGAUCUCUGAUCACAGAUGAGAGUCAAACACGAUGGGAGAGGCAUAUGAGAAUUCUAAGGGAGGCAGAGCAACAGGAAGGGGAGCGAGCAAAGAAGAGACAGCGAAAGGAGUGUAGGGAUAAAAGUCCAGAUCUAUCAGAACAAUCUUUUCCGGAAUCCCACUUGAAUGACACAGUUGGCUGUGUAGCACAAGACUCAACCGGAAACAUAACAUCUACUGUCUCUAGCGGCGGAAUCUCACUUAAGCAUCCAGGCCGAGUGGGUGAAGCAGCCAUCUACGGCGCAGGGACAUGGUCCGAAUGCACACCCACCGUUAGCAUUGGCUGCAGUGUCUCUGGUACUGGGGAGCAAAUUAUAAAGACUUUAUUUGCACGAGAAUGCGCCAAGAGAUGUUUGAAGAGCGAUGACGUUGCCGAGAGCUUGAGAGAGGUUAUUCGGGAGUUUUUGGACAUUGAUUUGAUCAAGGGAAAGGAGAGAAACGUCGGAGUUAUAAUAUAUAGAUGUGAGUUGACUGCAGAUGAGAGUAUAGGCGACGAUGUGGAUGGAAAGAAAUAUAUUCGUGAGGUGUGGUGGGCUCAUACGACGAAAAGCUUCUGUGUAGCGUGGAUGUCGAGUGCAGACAAGAAACCCCAUGCCAGGGUAUCGACCUUAGCGCCAGGUCAUGUCAUGGUCAUUGAUGGACGACCAAUUUGAAAAAGACGUGGUUCGUAUAUUCCGUGGCCAAACACGAUACAGUAAUAAGCUUCCCAAUAAGCAUGAAUGAAUGCUGGUCUCGACAUGUUAUAUCCACCGUAGCUAAUCAUACAUUUGAUUCAAAUGCUGC